AUGUCCGGGUCCAGAAGUGUCAAGUCAAUUACUGAUAUAGUUGGUAGCCGCCGGAGCAAAACGAAAUGCACGGGUGAUCGACCGCAGUGCCGGAGUUGCUUGAAACGCAACGUGACCUGUUACUGGGCCCAAAUCACUGCACCGAAUACUUUCAGUGCUCUCACUCCUCUCCAGGCACAGGAACCUCCGAAGAGAAGUGAGAGGGAGCCAAGAUUUCAAAGUCAUUCAGCAGUGCAGGAUACUAAUUCUCUAGCCGAGACUCCUCUUGUCCUCCCAGAGCCUCGUCAACUUCAACGUCUGUUUGAUAUUUUCUUUGCUCGACACCAUGAGGCAGAAUUCUGUUCCUUUUUCCACAAGCCUUCCUUGGAUAUUCCAACUCUGCGUGGUCGAUCUCCACUUCUGGUUGCUUCUGUGCUCAGUCUCAGCGCUUUGUACCUUUCAGCCGACGAAGUCGCUGCGGACUUCGGAUUAGAGACGCCCUGUGCAUUGUCGGACCACUACUCUCGUCUCGCUAAGAUUUAUGCCUACAACCUCUUCGAUGAGCCCUCGAUCAACACUAUCCAAGCCUAUUUGAUGCUUGCUAUACGUGAGCUUAUGAUAUGGUCAAAUAUCAAAGCCUAUAUGUAUGCCGGGACUGCACUUAGAAUGGCUCAGGCAUUGUACCUCAAUGUCGAAGCACACCAACAUUACUCUCCCCGCCAGAAAGAAAUCCGAAGAAGAACAUUUUGGGCCUGCUUUGUUGUGGACAGACUGAUUUCAUAUUCAUGCAACAAGCCGUUCAUGUUAUCUUCCAAGUCAGCUCAAGUUCAACUUCCAUGUCCUGAGAAUGUCUUCGCAUUUGAUGAGGUCUACACGGGGCCUUUGGUUAAAGAUCUUCCCCUCCACGCAAAUCAGGUUUCCCAACUUGGGAUUAUGCCCUUCUUCAUUGCAGUGGUGCAGCUUUGGGGAGACGUCGCCCUAUUACACGUAUCGGGAGGAAGAAGACGUUCUAAAUAUGGUCCUCAUAUCCCAGAAAGCAAGUUCUACCAAUAUGGGAAAGCGAUUGAAGACUUCUCGUCGAGCUUUCCUCCAUCCCUGAGCUGGUCCGCUCAAAACUAUAAGCUCCAUCAAGUCACAGGACAGGCACAAGCCUAUGUUAACCUGAACUUUUUGCUGCAUCACUCGAAGUGCGUGAUGCACCAAGAAUACCUCCCCCAGCUCGAUUCGCAAUACUCCCUCGGGUCUGAAAUGGAUUAUGCGACGACUUACGAUGCCGCGGGCAUAUCUUUGGACUACUGCGACGAUACGAUCAUCAAGCCAUGCAUGUUUUCUGUCAACACCAUCACAGACAUGGCCCUAACUCUCAACGCUGGUUCGGAUAAAGACCGGGAGCUGCUUCAGUCGAUUUUUGCAGCAAAUGCAAUUCUCACAGCUUCUGCUGUCCAACUUUGGGUUCUGUAUACACAAACCUGUGAUGCGUGUCCGAAGCACGAAGCACUCGCCAAGGCCGAGAAUUUGCGCCAAGUCAUCAAGUCCUGGCAACCGCAGUGGCGAGUUGCUACCGCCUGGGUUGAGACUCUUGAGAUGUUGUACAAGCUGUACGUGUACUCAUACGGUAAAGUCGUUGAAUCAGAUCUGGAUUGCUGGGAUAUGGGAACCAACAAUAUCAAUGAUAGCCCCGAAGUGUCCGGAGAGGUCAUAGACGAGAGUGGACAUUACCCAAUCACAUCCGAUGCAAAUGACAUGCCGGAUCCGUCUGCAGUGUGUCAACGGCUCUAUGACAAGAUUCGAAGUAUACUGGUCAAUCCACUCCUUGCUACGGAUGUCAAAAAGCGAAAUCUGAGAUAUUUUUCAAGGACGUUGUGGCAGCAUAUGUGGAUCUUUGGGCCGACAGAAGGCUUUAGUGGCAAUUUCUUGAGCUUAGAAAACAUAAUGGGGGAACCUGGAUCAGGGCUGUUAAACAUGUCACCCCUGGACAGGAAUAUGGAUAUCUGA